AUGACCAUUCAUCUGCUGGGUGGCCUGCUGCUCUCGUUCUCUUGUGUUUAUGCCAACAUCGCCACCUACAAGAACGUGUCCUAUCCGCAGAUGCCGGGCCUCGAGCCCAUGUCCACCGACAAGGUCCCGCACUUCACGGUGAUCGAGACGGUGUCGAGGACGCACGCGAGAGAGAAACGGCAGGUCAUCGCAGGGCCUCAGUACGAGUGGCAGACCAAUAAUAUCCCGUUCCAGAUAUGGGGUGGGGACGGUAAGUGAUUCUCUUACUUUUUUGGAGAAAAGUGAAGGGAGAGACUUUCCGGCGACUGCCCGGAAGGUCGCCGGAAAGUAGUACUAGGUGGGCCAAAAGUCUUGAUUUUUUGCAUGGUACAUCAAAUUCCCCAAAUAUAUUUACGUUACCGACAACUCUUUUUUUAUGAUUAUAUAAAAUAUAUAUUGUUUUCGCUGCUCCAAAAACUCUCUUUUUUCCCUUCGGGUCAUAUAAACUAUUACUUUGCGCAAGUUUUUUCGUCGCAAUCCCAUCAAUGUUAGCGUGUUAUGUCAUUAAUGCCGCGCUCUGCGGGAUUUCUCGGUUCCGCAUCCGAAGGAAAAACACGCAAUAUACUUUACUAUAAUAUAAAAGAAAAAUUACUAAUGCAUAACAUUAUUACGCGUUUUGCAGAAAAAAGGAGAUCUUCAGUCUGAAAAUUGGAGAACAUUCGACAUUUUUUUGCGAAUAUGCAUAAGGAUUUUAGCUUUAUUUUUACCAUAGAAUUUCUGAAAAAGCUCAAUUUUCUGUCUGCCGCUCCCCUAAUUUCACGUUUUCCGCAUUGGCAGAGAUCUUUGAAUGUCUGCUUCAUGGCUCGAAAACGCCAGCUAAAAUUAUCAGAAUUCAUGUGUAUACGAAGCAAUGCACUAGCUACUGUGAAGUGGCUACAAGCCUCGAGCUUGCAACAUUUUUUUAAAACGCAAAACAAUUCUAAAAAAUAAAUAUUUCAGCAAAUUUCCAAUCACUGAUCCGUCGGGGGAUUCGGAUGUGGGAAGAGUCGACGUGUCUCAGGUUCCGUGAGAAUCUGCAGGCUCGAGACGCGAUUCGCUACGUACUCGAGCGAGGCGACAGUUGCUUCACCGAGUUUAUUGGUCGGAAUGGUGGCUUUCAAGAUAUUAUUAUUGGCUCCGAAUGUGCCGAAGUAAGUCAUCUCUGCUCUUGAAAUAAUUCAUAAUGGUUGCAAACUCUACAUCACUGUUGUAGGAAUACGUAGUAGCGCACGAAACCGGACAUGCUCUCGGCUUUUGGCACACUCAUCAACGGCCCGACAGAGAAAAGCAUAUCAGUAUUAAUUGGAGGAAUGUAAUGGAAGAGGCGACAGCCUCGUUCAUGCCCUUUAGAAGCAUGCUGCAGGCAUUCGGAAUCAGACAAGUCUCCAAUCGUCGGCUACCUUAUGACUAUGGAAGUUUGAUGCAUUAUCAUGCGGUAGCGCAUGCUGUGAAAGUGUCUGAUUUCACGAUUGUUCCCAAAGAGUUAAAGUAUGUGACGACGAUGGGCACUGAACGAAUGGCCUUUUUGGAUGCCAAAGUCAUCAACGAUAUUUAUUGUCCAAGUAGGUCCAUUUUCUGAACACCGUACUUUGCCUACCGUCUGGCAAAAUUAGCAACCCAUAUUUUUAAUCCUUAUUUGUAUAUAAUUUGACAAUUUCUUGUCUCCUAAAACGAAAGCAAAAUGUAUCACUUUUUAAAAUUUAUUCUUCAGACAUGUGUGCCGGUCGAUCUCAACUCCGCUGUUCGUCCGGCGGCUAUCCGGACCCCAACAACUGCAACGUCUGCCGUUGCCCUGAAGGUCUUGGUGGGCCAGAAUGCAAUCAACUCCAGCCAUCACGUAAGUCCGUCUUUCGUAUUUCUCAGCCCGAAAACUGUGCUUACUUUCAUACACUUCGUAUCGGAAAUCUUUAGCAUGUGGAGGCGAACUUGUGGCCACAGAUCAAUGGCAAACUCUCCGGAGUCCUCCGGGAAAGGAUCUUGAUUGCUACUGGAGGAUAACUGUAGGUUCUCUGAUAGCAAUAUGAAAGAUAUUAAACUUUUAGGCCCCCGAAGGAACAAAGGUUCGUUUCCGUUUGUCUGAUGGAGAGUUCCCAUGUUCAUAUGGUUGCCAAUCGUAUGUUGAGAUCAAACACAAACUGGAUGUGAGGUUAACUGGAUUCAGAAGGUAAGGAUUGUAAAAUACGAUUAUUCCAGCCUCUUUUUUGAGAAGCUUUGGCUUUAAUUCGGCUCUUCUAACAUUUACAAAUCUAAUUUUCUGGUCGUAUUUUUUUAAUUUUACUUAUUUUAGCUGUUGUUAUCGUCCCAAAGAAGAUACAUUAUCCGAAAACAACCAAGUCUUCGUCAUCUACCACCCCAACGGCCGCACUGCCCGAUUCUCCCUUCGCUUUAUCCGCCAGUCCUAA